CUUUGUGACUGCAGAGGUGGCACAGUGAGUUUGUCAGUUGGGACCCGCUCCAGUGCGGCACCGACAAGAUUUCCCUGCCCAGGAAGAAGUUUUGGGUUCCGGAUCUGGUCAUCAAUGAGUUUAUGAACGAAGACAAAGCUCCAUUCGUCCCUUACGUGAAUCUGCACAGCGACGGAAGCAUGGAAGACGCCAAACCGGCCAGAGUUGUCAGCUCGUGUCGCCUCGACAUCUACACCUUCCCCUUUGACGUACAGGAGUGCACUCUCACCUUCAGCGCCUUCAUCACAGUCGGAACAGAGUUGAAGGUGUUUCCUUCGUCAACUGAUGAAGAGAUCACGAAGGUCUCCAAGGAUGUGAUGACCACUUUGGGGGAGUGGGAGCUGCUGGACAUCACCAGUGAAAAGAUCAGUCACCAACAUGAGAGUGAGGGUCACCUCAUCGAUGAGCUUGCAUUUCACAUCCGAGUGCGACGCAGGUCCACGCUCUACGUGGUCAACCUGUUGAUCCCCAGCUGCUUCCUCAUCACCGUCGACCUCUUCAGCUUCCUGUUGCCUCCUCAGAGUGUGGACCGCUCCUCCUUCAAGAUGACCCUCAUCCUGGGCUACACCGUCUUUCUGCUCAUCAUGAACGACCUGCUGCCCAUCACGGGGAACACCAUACCUCUCAUAAACGUCUUCUUCUGUCUGUGCUUGGCUCUGAUGGUGGCCAGCCUCCUGGAGACUGUCCUCAUCACCAACUUGCUGCUCGGCUCCAAAAACCUGCGCCCCGUUCCCCGCUGGGUCCGCGCGCUUGUUCUGCGGACUCUGGGAGGUCUUGUUGGUCUGCCCUGGCGAGACAAUAAAGAAGCAGACACGAGAGCGAGUCCCGUGUCAGAGCAGCGGCGAGCCGACGGGGCACCUGAAGAGGAGAAAGGACCAGUGGUGGAGGACAAUGCCCUGCAGGAGCUGAGGAGCCUGGGUGCAGACCUGAAAGUCAUCCGCCUGCAGGUGGAGCAGCAGUUAGGGGUCAGCCAGAGCUCGGAGGAGUGGAUCCAGUGCUGCCCGCAGAAAAUCAAGUCUUCUGUGGUUCUCUUCAUCUUCAUCUCUCUCUUCAUGCAUGGGUCAUGCAACUCCAUCAUGCCGAACUGCUCUCGCCCCGAUUCCCUCGCCCUGCUGGAGGCUCUCAGGCCAGUUUUCAACCUCAGCUCCAUCCGACCCGUCGUGAACAUUUCGACACCCACUCACGUCAGUAUCGACUUCAUCCUGGUCAACAUUCUGGGGGUGGACGAAAAGGCCCAGAUCCUCACGACGUACAUCUUCCAAUACCUCAUGUGGAGAAACGAGUUUGUCAGCUGGAACCCGACCGAGUGCGGCACAAAGUGGCUUACGGUCCCCAGAAAGCUGCUGUGGAUUCCCGAUGUGGUCAUCAACGAGUUUAUGGAGAGAAACUUGGCGCAAAAGCCGGCGUACACGUAUCUGUCACACAACGGCACGGUGUUUGAUGCACAGCCCGUGCGAGUGGUCAGCUCCUGUAGACUCGACACCUACGCCUUUCCCUUUGACAUCCAGAACUGCACGUUAACCUUCAACUCCUACCUGCAUCACACAUCUGCCAUGCAGCUGGGACAAAUAUUCACAACAGAGAAAAUACUGGAAUUUUCCAGAGGAAUGAUAAAAACUAAGGGCGAGUGGGAACUCCUUGGAAUCGCAGCGUCUAUAAACCGACUACCAUCUUCUGCUUCUGUUGGAGAGCAUUAUGACGAGCUUCGCUUCUUUAUCUCGUUACGACGCAGGUCCACACUCUACGUGGUCAACCUGUUGAUCCCCAGCUGCUUCCUCAUCACCGUCGACCUCUUCAGCUUCCUGUUGCCUCCUCAGAGUGUGGACCGCUCCUCCUUCAAGAUGACCCUCAUCCUGGGCUACACCGUCUUUCUGCUCAUCAUGAACGACCUGCUGCCCAUCACGGGGAACACCAUACCUCUCAUAAACGUGUUCCUGUCCGUGUGCCUGGCUCUGAUGGUAGCAAGCCUCCUGGAGACGGUGCUCAUCACCAACCUCCUGCAGGGUUCCUCUCGCCAAUCGCAGCUUCCUGGCUGGCUCCGACUGAUCGUCAUCAACAUGUUGGGGCGCCUGGUGCUGCUUCCUCCAAAGUCGACACAAGCGGUGGUCCAAAACCCGUUCACGCUGGAAGACAUGGAGGCGGUCAGUGGGAGAGCAGGUGUGGGCGGGGCCCUGAGAAAGGAGGGCGUGGUCCAGCAGGAGCUGAGGAGGCUGGGGGAGGACCUCCGUGUCAUCCGCCUGCGGUUGGAGCAGGAAGUGGCGGGCGGCCAGAGCUCGGAGGAGUGGGUCCAGGUGGGCUUCAUCGUGGACCGCCUGCUGUUUGCCAUCUACAUCAUCUUCAUAUCUGCCAGCUUCCUCACCAUCAGCCUCAUCUGGGUCAACUCAUAAAACAUGCUUUCACUUUCAC